AUGGCAAAGCCUCACGGUGGUCGUCGUCGUCCUUCAAACCGUACAAAUCUAGCGUCUUGCGCCGUCGCUACUGUCUUCUUACUCUUCUUACUCGCCGUCCUCCUUAUCGUCUACUUCACCGUCUUCAAACCAAAAGACCCCAAGAUCUCCGUCAACGCCGUCCAACUCCCGUCAUUCGCCAUCUCCAACAACACCGCUAACUUCAGCUUCUCUCAGUACGUCGCCGUCAGAAACCCAAACCGCGCCGUUUUCUCUCAUUACGACAGCUCCAUUCAGCUCCUUUACUCGGGUAAUCAAGUCGGGUUUAUGUUUAUACCCGCCGGCAAAAUUGAUUCCGGUAGGACUCAGUACAUGGCCGCCACUUUCACUGUCCAAUCUUUCCCCAUUUCUCCUCCUUCCUCUUCCGCCAUAGCCACCGUCUCCGCCGCCGUGGUUCCGGAUUCUCCGGUAUUGCCUGGUCCUCCGGAUUUCACCGUAAGUCCAGACUCUCCGAAGAUCCCAGAUUCGCCGGAUUUUCCAGGAGAUCCAGAAACGCCGGAUUUUCCAGGGAAUCCAGGUCCUCCGAGCAUUCCGAGAAUUCCAAGCUCUCCAGAUUUUCCCGGGAACAACCCAGGCUCUCUGACGUUGCCGAGAAAUCCAGGCUCACCGGAAAAUCCAGGAAAUCCUCCAAGAAAUCCAGGGAAUCCCGGGUCGGGUUUUCCGCGAAAUAUGGCUCCACCGGGUUUUUCAGGAAUCGGAGCUCCACCGGGUUUUCCAGGAGUCGGAGCUCCACCGGGUUUUCCAGGAAUCGGAGCUCCACCAGGUUUUCCAGGAAUCGGAGCUCCGCCGGGUUUUCCAGGAAUGGGAGUGCCGCCGGGAAUUCCGGGUACGCCGGUGGGAAUCGGAGGAGGGACGGGGCCAACGCUCGGGGAUGGAUAUGCGAAUCCGGGUUUCGGGAAUGUGAACCGGGGCGGACCAACGAUAGAGAUAGAGUCGAAGAUGGAGCUAGCGGGUCGGGUCAAAGUAUUACACGUAUUCACGCAUCACGUGGUUGCUAAAUCGGAUUGUCGGGUCACCGUCUCAAUUGCUGAUGGUGCCGUCUUGGGCUUCCAUUGCUAA